AUGGUACAUCGUUGGGUUAGUAGUAGUAGCAGGCGUCUCCACAACAAUGACGACAAUGGUGACGAUGAUGGUGACGACAGCGAGUUCACGAACUCGAUGGAUUCCGGGAUGUCUAUACCAUCAUUCAGGGACUCUGUAACCACGAGGUCAUCUCAUAACGAUGCCUUGAAGCCUGCCCUAGUCAGCGAUUCCAACAGAGUCAAGAAUAUGGAGAAGGAGCUGACAAAUGCAAAGAUCAAGAUCCAAGUACUCUAUGAAUACAUUCGUAAAAUUUCUGAUAAAGAUGCUAAUCCGCCGUCGAUAGUCAAUGACAAUGAAUUUAAAAAUUCCAUAAUCGAAGAUUUAAAUGUCGAAAUAAGCAAAUUGAAGCAUACUUUAAAAACAAGGGAGACUGAAUACCAAGAUACGCUGCAAUUCGUGCAGGAAAAUUUGGAAAAUUCCGAAAGUAUCGUAAAUACCAUCAAUCAUUUGCUAUCCUUUAUAUUAACCAAUUUUGAUGACCAAGAUGAAAAUGUUCAUGUCUUUCAUGAAAAAGACAAAGAAAUCCUGGAGGAAACUUUGGAAUUGAGCUCGGAUUAUGUACUUGAGAAAAUGGAUACUUUAUCCAAAUUCAUCACCCAGUUCUUGCAGGAAUUUUUGCAUUCUAAAGAUCAAGUGCAACCAAAAGAUGAAGAUGAAGACGAAGAAUUUCGCUCACUGGCUCAAUCUUCACCUGCAAGAUCACAUUUCGAGAGUAAGGAUUUGUCAACAAGCGAGCGGGAUGAUGUUGAUAAUCGAUACCAGAAUGAUGAAACUCAUGACAAUAAUAAUCACACUGAUACAGAAAAUGUGAUAGCUAAUAGUACUACUUUACCCAUUUUAGCUGCCGAAUCCCGCUUUGAAAAAACUUUGGACACUCAGUUAGAGAUUGUAAUCGAAAAUUUACACAAAGAGUAUGACCAAUUUAUAGAUUCCAUCAGACUUAAAUUUGAAAAGUCACAGAAACUAGAACAAAUAAUAGCGUCUAAAUUAAAUGAGCAAUCUCAUCUGCUGGGUUCCUUAGAACUGGAAGAGAAUUCCAAUUCUGUCAUGGAAAAACAAGACCUUUUGAUAUCUCAAUUGAAGAAAAAGAUAGAGUCACAAUCUGUUCUGAUGAAGGAUUUUGAAAAGUUAAAGAAUGAUCUUAGUAGAAUGGAUCAAAAUGAGAAAGUUUUAACUAAAGAAUUGGAAACUUUGACAAAAAUAAAUAAAUUAAAGGAAAACAAUUGGGACAGCUACAUUAAUGACUUAGAGAAGCAAAUCAAUGAUCUUCAAAUCGAUAAGUCAGAGGAGUUCCAAAUAGUACAAAACCAAUUAGACAAGUUAGGUUUAGAGAAUUAUCAAUUGAAGAAUAAACUAAAUACUCUGGACAAUCAAAGUUUAAUAGUAUCACAAUAUGAAACUAAUUUCACUAAAUUCAACCAGAAUCUUUUAUUACACCUCGACAGUGUUUUUCGUAUCUUACAGAAAAUCUUACAAGAAAGCUCAAUAAUACAAUUUGAUAGGAAGAUGAACUCAAUAAAAUCAGUACCGAAUGCACUGAAAAACUUGAAUGUGAUUCAGCCAAAACUAGAAUCGCUCUACACCUUUAUAGAGACUGCAUUAGAAUCCAUUAUAGAUUCUUAUAUUUCUUCACUAAUUGUCAUGGAAAAUCCGGAGAAGCAACAACAAGAAGGAGAUGAACUAACCGCAACCCCAAAUAAAGAAUUGUGCUUACGAAUAGAGGAGUUACAAAGAAGAUGGAUAUCCGAAAGAGAAAGACGGAAGCUUGAUGCAAACGCUUCAGAAGCUAGAAUCAAGGCUUUAGAACAAGAAAAUGAGUCAUUGAGGUCGAAACUGUUUAAUCUAUCAAUAAAUAAUUCUUAA